CAUGUGCAUGCGCGCGCCACACACGCACGCACGCACGCACACACACACAGAGCGCGCGCACGCUGGGCUUCGAAGGCGGUCGCGAUAAAAGACUUGCCAGUUUCUUUCCAGGACCAUGUUACGACAAAGAUAUCGCAUCGAUCGGACUAUAGCGAGAAUAAGACUGUGAAACAGUUGAUGCUGGCCAUGUGAACUGACAUUAACCAGAAGCCCAGAAGAGAAGUCUGCAACUGGUUGAAUAGGAAAAUCUUUUUCCCCGUCUUUUUUUUGUGACUUCACGAUGGUCUUCCUGUGACCCUGAGCCACAUAUAAGCCGCUGCAAACAUGUUCAAAACUUAAAGGACCAACAUAAUCAUUCCUACCAUUUUACACCUCACGCAACAAUUACUUUGGAUUGUAAACAAGUUUACAGUAAAAUUUUACAACCCUGCAACUUAUCUGGCUGUUUCAGUGGGAAAUUAGACAAUCAAUUAGUAAUUUUUUAUCGAUUCUGGGUCCAUCAUGUUCAAGCCUGGAGUAACCCUCUAGCUCUGAUUACAUAGCUUUUCUUCCUGCUGAGCAUUGAACAAGGUCUGGCUUAACCAUGCUGCUGAAGAAAAAACUGUGCAUUGGUGCCUUGUUUGGGGGCAUCUUGUUUUUUAUGAUCGCCUCUCACACCAUUCAGAAAAACAGCUUCUCAUCUGUAAUGGACGAAACUGCUCACAGCACUAGCACUAGUCUUCUGACAGAGAUGCAAACUCAAAACAAGACUGUAACUGAGAUGAGUCUGCAUCACUUUUGUAGCUGCCCAACUUGUAUCACAGAUCCAGGAGUUUCGGACUGGUUCGAUCAACGCUUCGAUUAUGAGCAAAAACCUUACCUUAGUUUAGACGAAAAUGACAUAGAUCCAGACGCAUUACAGUGGUGGCUGGGUUUGCAGCGGUCAGCAAAUGACUCGCUAAGUCAAAUAAUUAAAAAGAUGUUUACAGUGAUUUCUCACCCUGUGAAAGAAACACAUCAACUAAGUCAGUGUCGGAAGUGUGCGGUGGUUGGAAAUUCAGGAAAUCUACUGCAGUCCAAGUAUGGAGAUAUAAUAAACUCCCAUUCCUUUGUCUUUCGGAUGAAUAAAGCUAUGACUGUGGGUUUUGAGCAGUAUGUAGGAAACAAGACCACUCAUCACAUCAUGUACCCUGAGAGUGCUGUGGAUUUGGCUCCUGGCGUCCAUCUUGUUCUGCUACCAUUUAAACUGAGAGACCUUGAGUGGGUGGCCAGUGCUCUUUCAACUGGGGAAAUCAAAACGACCUACAUGAGAGUGAAAGAACUUGUGAAAGCAGAUAAAAAUAAGGUGAUCGUGGUGAACCCAGGCUUCUUUAAGUACACUCAUGACCGCUGGACAGAGCAUCAUGGCAGAUACCCCUCUACUGGCAUGCUGGCCAUUGUGUUUGCGCUGCACAUUUGUGAUGAGGUUUCAGUGUUUGGUUAUGGGGCAGACUCACAGGGAAACUGGCAUCAUUACUGGGAGGAAAACAAGUACGCUGGAGCUUUCCGUAAGACAGGUGUGCACAACGCUGACUUUGAACGGGAGAUCAUCCUGAAACUGGAUGCAGCAGGCAAAAUUAAACUCUACCCGAAGGUGGAACAUAAGCCUUUAAUUAACAUUACAUGAAUGAAUAACAACCCCAUGAGCAUGUAACGUAUUAAAGCCGAGCCAAAGAAGAGCUGUGUAGCUGUGUCCAUCCAGCUAUUAACUGACCACUGUGAGAUGUGCUGAACCAAACCCACUGACAACAAGCUGUAUUCUCUCCAGACCAAACAAUAUUUUAUUAUAUUUAAAGUUCUGUUGUUGUUAAAUGCUCAACCAGGUCUUGUGAAGGUACAGAAGGUAAGAAAAUUGAGCAUUUGAAAGCAUCUAUGGGGAGCAGCUUAAGGCUGAUUUGUCCACACUGUGCUUCACUGAAUAUCCUUAUAGACACUGGAGAUAUAGGCAUCAUUAGACUCAGUGUAAUUGCAAUGACCAAAAUAAUUAAAGUAUUACAUUUCAUGUAAGUUAAACACAUAUAAGACAACACUUUAUAGUGCAGAUGACAGCAAAAUAUAGUUUGCCUUACACUUAAUGAAUGACCACAGCAAAUUGUAUUUAUCUUGUACAGUUCAUAGGCAAAUAUGAUAGGUAAUAUUUUAUGGGCAUUGCUUUUUGGACUAUAAUGCAUCGUGGUUAUACAAAGAAGACUAUCAUAGAGAGCAAGCUUGUGUUUGCAGCUACAGUGUGUUGCAUUAGUUUUCUCUUUACCACACUGACCUCCUGGAGCAAAGGGGAUUAAUAUUUUUGCAAGGUAUUAUUUGUAAAUCAUACUGGACGUCUUGAAACGUCAUCCGUUCACAGCAUCAGGCAUUUGUGGCCUUUUCACAGCAGCACUGAUCAAACAGAAACAUCACUUUAGUCACAGUUUUCUUUGAUAUUCAAGUAUCUGUGUUUUAGUCACAUGCAUAUUGAACUCCUGCCUUUUAUUACAUGUGAUUUUUUAGUAAUAAUCAGAAUGCCUGAUUGUAGUCAUUGGAAUUAGACAGAAAUGAAACAGGGAUGCUCAAAGUCAUUGUGUUAUUAUUACAAUUAUGUUCCAUUAAUCUCUGACUGUGGUUUAUUUUGUGAUUUUUAUGUUUAUGAAUGUAUUAUUGUUCAUGUUAUAGACUUUUUUGCCCUGUGUCAAAGUAGUGUUAUUACUGUGGUCUACUGAGACUUAAAGUCUUGCCUUGAGCACAAAUUCAUUUAAAAGAUAAUCAUUCCACUAAGAUAGAAGAAUAAAUAAAUGAUUUUGUAUAUGCAUGAAAAUAAUUCAACAUUGACGGACUUAGACGUUUGUUUUCAAUAGCAUUUUUAUUCAAAAAUCAAAUAUUAGAAAUUAUAAACAAUAAAAAGAUGAGAUUAAACAGCAACGGAGAAAUUGCUAAUACAGAAUGCUAUGCCAUUUGUUUUAGUUAAAUUCAAUAGUUUGUAUUUCAAGUUGUACUUUAUAAUAUACUUGAGGGUAACAGGGUUGUUAAUUCUGGGUGUUGACCUCAUAAACAUUAGUCACAGGCCUUAUCUUGUACUCAAGUGUGCAAGUAGAAAAAUAAAGAAGUAAAUCACUCA